AUGUCUGAUAACAAGAACAAAGACAUCCGCAUCCUCGGCUUCACUGAAGAUGAGGUCAAGCUAGUCCUGAUGUCUGUCCAGUGCAUCAAAACAAGCAAGCGAUACGCCAGAGGAUGGGAAGUCGGCCUGAAGGAGUUUGCUGAUCUCACGAACACGACCGUCCCCGCUGCCAGGGCCCAGUGGAAGGACCUGAACGGCAGGCUAAUGGCGCUGCCGCGCUUGCCCGACAAGAGCCUUUCUCUGGAGCCGCACGACGAGGCUGAGGAGAUCAUCGAAGAUUGCAUCUUCGUUGGAUCCGAGAUGGGCAAUGAGGCCGUCGAUGACGGUGCUCAUGGCCGCGAUGAGGAGGACAAAGUCAAAACCAGAAGCAAGGUCAAGACGAGGGGAGGACUGAAGCAAGUCGCCAAGCCAUCCCUGUUCGAGGAUGAUGGUUUUGACCUUGAUGAGGACGACAACAGCGGAUCCAUGAAGAAUAGCAAGGGAAAGAGCAAGAAAAAGGAAGUCCUCAAGCGACCAAUCGAUAAGAACAGCACCAACCAGGCUUGGGAUGAGAUUGGAGAUGGUAUGACUGAGGAGAAGUGGAACCAGAUGGGAGAUAGGCUCGCGUUGUGA